AUGAAAUAUCUGGUAGAAUAUUUGCCUCGGAUCGGUAGUGUCAAUAUCAUUAUUGAAAAUGUUGAAGACCUCAUCGUGAGAAUAUCUUCUGAAACAGAAGUGGGCAUUAGUUAUAGGGAAAAUGAUAUGCCAUCAUCCAGUAUAGUGAAAUUACCUUGCGAAGUUUCUAUAGAUCAACCGGUUAAUCUGGUGAAAAGAACCGGGAAUGAAGCAGCAUUUACAUUAAGGUUGAAAGCAUCAUCUUCAAGAAUCUCUGAAGCCAAUGUAUAUUCUGAUUUCCAAGGGAAAUGGUCUAAGAAUCAGUUACUACAGAGCUCGAAAUUUAAGCUCAAAUGUUUCAAUUGUAACUCAGACAUUAUUGAUGAACAGAAUUAUAGAAAAUUAAAUGAUAUGCCAUCAGAAUACUGGGCAGAAUUGAUGGACUACUGGCAUUGUCAUAAACCAGACAUUCAUAAUGGAUCUACACAAGUAUAUAAUACUGGUAACGCAUAUGCUUCUUUGAAGCCAUUGGAUGGUGAAAUACUUAUUGGAGGUUCUUACUUCAUGAUGACUGAAAAGACUCUUAAAGAAAGAAUAUGCAUUGAUGAUAAUGAAGAUAAUUCUAGUCUAUACUGUGGCCAAUGUUCCUGCAAAUUAGGGGAGAGAAGCACCAAUAAUCUUCUUAAGAUCUAUAAAUGGCAACUUACACUAGAGACCUUGGAUGGAUUGUCACAUUUUGCGCCAAAAGAUGAUAUUAUUAUAUCUCUCCUGGAAUUGGCUAAUGCUCAUUCAGAAAGACGUAUCCUUCUUAAGUGUGGCUCCAAAGUUGUAUUAGUAUGGCUAUUCACAGUUGGUUUGGGCAUUACACUAUCAGCUGGAACGAGUUAUAAUAAUGCCAUUAAAGUAUUUUAUGAUGAGAAUCCUACUAUCGAAAAAGAUAAAACUCCAGAAGAAUUGACUGCGUUACAAAAACCGUUUGAUCAGUUCAUGGAUCAUUUAGCUACACAAUAUGAAAUUAUCCCAACCUCUGCAAGGUCGAUUGGUCCCCUGAAAGUCGGAUAUUUUGAUCUGGAUUCUAUAUUUUGA